UCAAGAACGCAGUCAUGGCAUUUGGAAGCAUAAGGAAAAGAUGUGGUUUGACUCCGGAUAAUGUUUUAAUAUGUCACAUUAAAACAAGAUUCGCUCUGAUGCUCACUUUGACAUUAUCAUUGUCUACCAUUGCUUAUGUCUAUUUCUCUCUCAAGCCAGUUAUGCACCAUCACACCAAGUUUAAUGUUGUAAAUCAUACUCAGUCCUAUACUGAGGGCUUGUCUGACAAAUUUUUUGUCUGGAAGAUCAUGCAAACACCUACAGCACUGAAAAAACUCACAGCAUCCAUUAGCACAAAACCCAUAUCAGUUCUUCACUAUGUUGCUCAUCCAAGCAACUAUCAUUUCAUUAUGGAUGAACCUGAUAAAUGUGAGCAGAGUCCGUUCCUGGUCUUGAUGGUCCCUGUGGCGCCCAAUGAGGUUGCAGCUCGUAACGCCAUCCGGAGCACGUGGGGGAAUGAGAGCACAGUCCAGGGAAAAGCAGUGAUUACUCUGUUCUUGGUGGGUUUGACUGGAGGAUCCGACUCUGAAAAAGCUCAACAGCAGCUGGAGGAAGAGAGCCGACAACACAGAGACUUACUGCAGAGCAACUUUGUGGACUCGUACUUCAACCUGACCAUAAAGACGAUGGUGAUCAUGGACUGGCUGGCCACUCGUUGCCCUCAAGCGACUUUCAGUAUGAAGAUUGAUUCUGACAUGUUCUUAAACCUGGAAAACUUGAUGAUCCUCCUAUUGGCACCCAACACACCCAGACAGAACUACAUCACUGGUUUUUUGAUGUGGGACCGACCUGUCAAUAGAAACAAAAAAUCUAAAUAUUACGUGUCAGAGGAGCUGUACCCCGAACCGAAAUAUCCCACGUAUGUGAUGGGAGUAGGAUAUGUUUUCUCCAACGAUCUUCCCAAAAAAAUAGUUGAUGCUUCCAAGGACUUGAAGCCCUUUAACAUGGAAGAUGCAUUUGUGGGUGUUUGUCUGAAACGGUUAGGCAUUAAACCCUCACGUGCACCAGAUCCUUCUCAGUUUCGGACCUUUAUGAAGGAUUCUAAAACUCACGACCUUUCCAAGGUCAUUACAACAAUUGCAAGGUCACCGAAGCAGAUAAUAGAGUUCUGGCAAAAUGUGACAAAAAUAUCACCCUGACAUGUUUGUCUUUAUACUCCCUUAAAAAAAAAAGUAAUUUAAAAAUGAAAUGCUCAAAUUUAAAGUGGUGUAUCCAAGUCAUUAUACGUAUGAAUUCCAUUUUCAACUUAUUUUUGUAUAAAUUAAUACAUCUGAUAUAUAUAUAUAUAUAUAUAUAUAUAUAUAGUAUUAACCCUGCAACCAAAAUAUUGACUUCUAAAGAUAUGCAAAUAAGAUGUGCAUAACUAUAAUUCCGACUUCCCCAGAUCUGCUUCACAAUUCUUUUAAAUCAAAAGUAAAUAAACCUGAAAAUAUUGGAAGAAAUGUGUAUUGGAAUUAAAAUGUGCCUAAACACUUAAUUAUUUUUCUGCUUCAUGGGUAGGCUACACUUUGCCUGCCUUUAAAACCUUUAAAUUCAAAACAGUAAAAUGUGGCAAUAUGUUUUUAGUCAUUAUCAAUAAAUUGCUCUUUCUUUCUUUCUUUCUUUCUUUCUUUCUUUCUUUCUUUCUUUCUUUCUUUCUUUCUUUCUUUCUUUCUUUCAGUAACCAUACUUUUAGUUUUGCUUGUUGUCUGGAUAAAUUCCCGAGGAAAUGCUUUUAACCCUCUAUGGUAUGCAAUAUGAUAUCAAUGAGGAAAAAAAAUAUUUGUGUUGUUUUUCCUGCUUAAAAUUGGACACUUUAACAAUAUCAAUAAA